AUUUUUACAUCUCCGAUUACGACCAUCUUUCUCGAUCACUCACCGCCAGCACACACACUGGAUAAUUGUUCAGAUCAAGCAACCCAUCACAGAUAGGGGCAUCUUGGUUGAACUGAUUUAUGGCGCAAUCUCCAUCAAGUUCUGGCAUCUUUUUUGAAGGAGAUGAACAGUCUCAAGCUUUAAGAAACUCUCAUUUCAAUUCAUUUAUGUUCUCAAAUAUGGUUCCUGUUUCUGGGGAGGGAGCUAUCACUAGUCCGGGUAUGAGCUCGUUGGUUACUGAUGCUAACUCGGGACCUUCAGAAGGUAACCCCUCUCUUAAACGAAGUGCAAGUAUCAACAACGACUCGUAUGCGCGAUUGCCUGCUUCACCGUUGUCGUUUAAUUCCAAUAAUAAUAUUAGCAUUUCGGGGUCUACAGUUAUAGAUAGCCCGUCUACUAUGCAACAGGGAUCUAGUCAACAGGGUAUUUAUCAUGGAGCUUCCACUGCCACAUCAUUGCCUAAUCCAAGGGUUUUUGGACAGAAUCCGAUGUUCCAUGGGCCUUUUGUUUCAGAUCAUGAUAAUGUAUCCCAUUUGCAAAAGAAACCCCGUUAUGAUAUUAAGCAGGAUGAUAUCUUGCAACAGCAACUUUUAAGGAAGUUAUCGCAAAGACAAGAUCCAAUGCAGAUGUCUAACCAACAGUUAGAAGCUUUAUAUUAUCAACAGCAGGUGCUGCGGUCUUUGUCUCCAUCCCAACAGGCACAAUUGAUUCGCCAAAUGCAGCAGAAGCAACAGCUGAAUUCAAGGCAAAAUUUUCAACAACGGCCCUUGCAACCUUCAUCUGCUGUAAAGCUACUCCCUGAUGGUGGUUUAUGUGCAAGAAAGCUUAUGCAAUACCUAUAUCAUCAACGGCAACGGACAACUGAUAUUAGCUACUGGAGGAAGUUUGUGGCAGAAUACUAUUCUCCACGUGCAAAACAAAGGUGGUGCUUGUCUGUACAUAACAAUGUUGGGCAUCACCCAUCGGGUGUAUUCCCCGCAUCAAAUACGGAUGUAUGGCAGUGUAGCAUUUGUCAGUCAAAAUCUGGAAGAGGAUUUGAGGCAGCCUUUGAAAUACUGGCUAGGCUUAAUCAAAUCAAAUUUGCUAGUGGUGUCCUUGAUGAACUUUGGUUUCUGGACAAGCCUGAGGAAUCUAGACUUUCUUCUGGACUCUUGAUGUUGGAGUAUGGAAAAGCAAUUCAAGAGAGUGUUUAUGCACAACUUCACGUGGUUCAUGAGGGUCGGCUAAAAGUUAUUUUCACUCCUGAUUUAAAGAUACUCAGUUGGGAAUUCUGCUCACGCCGCCAUCAGGAGCUUCUUCCCCGAGGACUGCUUGCACCUCAGGUGAAUAAGAUGUUAGAAGUUGCCCAGAAAUGGCAAUCUGCAAUUGCUGAAAGUGGAUCUGGUGGAGUUUCACAGCAAGAUUUACAGACAAGCAGCAAUAUGCUUGUGACUGCAGUAAGGCAGCUUGCCAGGAGCUUGGAUGUACAGUCUUUAAAUGAUUUGGGAUUCACUAAAAGAUAUGUGAGGUGUUUACAGAUAGCUGAAGUUGUCACCAGCAUGAAAGAUCUGAUGGAUUUCACCAGACAAACUAAUGUCGGUCCUAUUGAGGCCUUGAAAAGGUUUCCCCUACCAACGACUAUGUCCAAAUCGCAAAUCCAAAAUAUGCAGGGAAUGGAACAAAUAUCUCACAUUCAGGGCAUCCCAAAUGACCGAAGUUCCCUCAGUGGUCCAGUUGCGUUACACCCGGAAGUGAACAGUUCGAUGAAUAAUAGUUUCCAAGCAGGCAGCCAAGGAGCUCUGGCACUCUCAAAUUAUCAAAAUACCCUAAUGAGGAAAAGCUUGGUAAAUCCAACUUCACAAGAUGAUGCUUCGUCUUCUCUUAACAGAACUCCAUUUCAAGCUCAACCCUUGCAGAAUAACAGUAGUAUCUCAUUUGACUGCCAGCAUUUCCCAAGUGGCAUUGCUCAAGUCCAGCAGAACCACCACCAACAGCAGCAGCAAUCGGCCUCUGAAGGUGGUGAUGGUCUGAUGGUACAGCAGAUUAUGCAGGAAGUACUUAAGGGUAUGAAAGAUAACAAUGGAUCAAGGGAAAAACCAUCCAUUUCUGGGCAGAGUGGUGGUGAGCCGACCAGAAGCAACAGUUUUAAAGCCGGUUCAGGUUCUUACAGUGACUCCUGUGCAGGUGGUGAGAAAGCACCUGAUUUGCCUCAUGUGUCUGACAUUUGCCAGGAUAUAAUUAGCGAGUUCACAGAGAAUGGAUUUUUUUAACAACGAUAAUCCUCGCUGGAGGGCGUGAUGAGUAAGAAUGGGAAAUUGGUUAUGAGAAUAUAUCUUUGUAUAGUUGGGGUAUUUUAAUUAAUGUUGAGCUACUAAGUUGAUUGUCGUGUGGCUUUAUAUUUUGUGUUUUGUUGGUGGCGCAUGCAAGUGCAGUCUGUGCAUGUAAAUGUCCCAAAAAACUUGGUGUUUUGUCAAGAACCUUUUGGCACCUGAUAUGCGUACCCUUCUUUUGGGUUGCACUUGUUACCAUUUAUGCAAAAUUUGACUUCCCUAAAUGAUUAAUAUGAAGAACUGCUACUAAUUGUGUUU